AUGGCGUUUUCGGUCGUGUUUUCGGAUGGCGCAAACUCACGCGAGUGGGCCCAUAUGCACCCCUCGGCUAUCCGCCGACGGAAGCAUUCUCAGGAAGAUGAAUACGAUGAUCAAGUGCACGUGGCAGAGAUCCAGGCUGAAGGGGAUUUUCAUGAACUGGCAAACGUAUUCUUGCCAAUAUCUAUUUCAAUUGCUUCCUUUGAGCUUGCCUGUACCGCUAUGGCUGCCCCUCCUACCACUUAUCUACUAAGGCGCGAUCGAGUCGAAGCCAUCAGACUUGGAUCCCAGCAUCUAGCGUGGCAACGGCAUUUGAAUCAUCUUCUGGAUCCUAAUAUACCCAUCAAGGAUGGCAUGGAGAUUGCGGACAUUGGGGCAGGCACAGGAAUCUGGGCCAUCGAGGUAGCCAAUCAGCUGCCUUCGUCGCAGGUAACGGCAUUCGACGUCGCCGACACUCACUUCCCGAGUCCAGAAUACUGGCCUUCCAACGCAAAGUUCGAUUUGCUCGAUUUACUGCGUGAUGUUUCUUCGGAGCUAUUAGGAAAGUUUGAUGUGGUUCAUCUACGCAUGUGGGCGUUUGUUGUCCGUAAUGAUGACCCUAAUCCACUGAUCCAGCAUGCCGCCAAAUUGCUCAGGCCUGGGGGCUAUAUCCAGUGGGAAGAUGCUCGGUUCGAGAACAGUGUGGUCAAAGGUGAACCCGCGGUUCAGUUCCGGCAAAUGAUGAGACAGAUGAGCAAUGCCGCAAGGCUCAAUUUUCUGUGGCUUGAGGAGCUUGAUCAGCGCGUGAAGUGCGCGGAUGCUCAGCUGGAGGUAGUCGACUUCCAGAAGCAGCCGUGGUUGUCAACGCAUAUUCCGCUGGUUAUGGAUACAUUUUUAGUAGCUCUGGAGAAUAGCGGUGCAAUCCUAGGCAAAUUAAAGUUGGUUGAUCCGUCUGUACCAAACUCGGAGGAAUGGAUGGAGGCCCUAGAGACCUUGCACAAAGACAGCUGCAAGCCCAGUGGCAGUCAGCUUUACUGGCUUCCAGUUACGUUGUUAGCCAGAAGGAGUGGUUAA